AUGGAGGUGAUUAGUGAUAGGAAAGAAGAAAGAAACAAAAGCCAGCUUUGGAAUCCGGUGCAUCGGGCAAAUGUUUCAUACGGCGAUCCGGCUUCUCGAGGGGAGGAUCACUCUGUUCCAGGCUUUUCACUUAUCACUUGUCCCUUUCGCUCCGGUACGUCGUCGGCGCUUUCGCUUUUUCUUCCUUUUUCGAAGCUUUCAAACUAUUCGUUCUUGAAAUCGCUCUUUGCGCUAAUUUACGUCUUCUUCGAAGUGUUUAUCGUGUAACGAGGUUUAUCAAAAAAAGAAAUCAAAGGUUCCAGGUUACUUCCCCAGAGAAAAACAACAGCAAUAAUGCUGCCUGUUGUGUUAGCCUUUAUCUCGGCGAUUACAGUUACUGACGCUUGUGUGGCCACUGUAACCACCACCACCACUGCACGUACGUUUUUUUACAUUUUUUUGUUUCGAAAAGUUCCUGGGAAAAAGUUGGAUUUAAGUUUGUUUCUAACUUAAACUUUUGAAAUAAAAAAAUUUUCAAAUAUUUUUUUCGCUUUACUCAAAUAAAAUGACAAAAAAUUCCUCGUUUUUUUCCGUCGAGUCGUAAUAUUGCGUUUAAAAAAAGUAAGAAGUAUUUUCUGAAACUUUAUUGACGAGAGAAUUUCAAUUAUUCAUUUUCUUUGUAGAAAAAGCGUUUUAGUUUCAGAUUUUUCAGAAAUUUUGCCGUAUUUAUUAAAAAAGCAUUCACGCCAAUUUCAAGUAAACUCUGAAGAUUCCAGUAAAGGAACCCCUCCGAUAACCAGUUCAAAAAGACAAGAAGAACAAGAACAAAAGUUCAGCCUGUUGCCCGAUGCUGAGUGUGAGCGCCUUGCCGCGCAGGUCGCCGUCGGUGGCCACUUUCCAGCAGUGCUCGAUCCUCCGCAGAAUAUCGUCGACGUGUCCUGUCGACGGCUUCAUCAUGUGCGACGCCGCACCUGACACCAACGUGUGACCGAAAAUAAGCCCAUUUCAUUAUUCGAAAAAUUCAGCCAUCGACAAUCCAGAUCGAAAUUUUCGAUUCGGCUGGCAAUGUCAUCAGAACUUUCUCCGCAGCAGGAACUAGCGUCACCGGAAAGGUUGAUAACUUUCUUUUCUUAUCCUGAAAUCAGUUACUCGUUUCUUUUUGCUCAGUUUCGAUAUAUUUUCAUAAUUUAAACAUUUUCAGGUGAUUUGCGUGAAUGGUGUUUGGCGAGUACCUGUUAGCGCGGGUUCUGCCACCACAGCCAUCAUUUCCCAGGUAAUUUCUCACCUAAAAAGUCUCUAUAGACUUUUUUUUCAGGUUUCUUGCUCACAGAGCAACUCCGUGGGUGCUGAUCGCGGCUACAUCGUAGGCACAGCGCAAUCAUAACUCAACGAUGAUUUCGGAAAAUUUAAUAAUAAUAAUAAUAACUUUGACAUUCCAUGUAUCGAUUAUUUUUCGAUGAAAAUUGAUUCAUUUGUUUUCGCGAGAACCGAAGGAGAGUUCGGCAUUCGACGAGAAAGUUUCUUACUCAAAGUCAAAGCAAAUUCACGAACUGCGAAACAGUUUUGCUGCUACGUACUAUUGGUAGUUCAUGAAGAAACGCGUUUUAUCAAAUGCGGUCAAGGGCAGCCGAUCCCGAUAUCUCGUCUUCAUCUUUGCAUAUCCAUAUUCGCAUACACAUCCUCGGAAAUAUCUUUAGUCAGCCUAGUGGUCUAUUUAUUGGUUCUAUCUGAAAUUUUUCAGUUUUAGGUUUUUUUUAAACUUUUGUUUACAUAGAAGAUUCAGGGAGUCUAAUGAAAAAACUCCGAAGUUUUUUUGCACCAGGGUAUUUUCAUAUAAACCAUUUCUUUUCGUUUUAGAUAUUAAAACGAAAAAAAAGUUGGAAUUACUCAAAAAGUAUAAAUCUUCUCUACCUGGCUGAGAUUUUUUAGGCUCAGAAAAUGGGCUUCCGUAAAGUGUUGGUGACGUCAACGGUGGCGUCAACGAUGAGCCUUCUGAUAGUGGUCGUCGCGUUGCCGAUGUCGUUCAUUCGUAUCCAACGAGUCAACACUGAGAUGCUAGCACAGCUCCACAACUGCCAAGUUUCCUUUUUCCAGGAGAUGUUACAUUUGGAGGUCUGUUGCAGAAGGAUUCCAACGACAUCUGGAGACAAAUGACGCACGAAGUGUCUCGAGGAAAGCGUUCGUAUGGUUCUGGAGUCAGUUCUCCGCGUCUACCACUUGGAAAAUGUUGGUCUUUCAAGAGCAACGCGAAACUACAAAUCUCCAAUUCAUUUCUUCAGCUUUCCGCAUAGAUUAUCAGACUUCUUCUGCAGUACUUUCGCUGCGUAGACCUCUACAAUUCCUUCUUCGAUUCGCUCCGUAGAAAAAGCAGCUCCCACAGACCAUUAGUCGCUGGAAAAACAGAAUUGAAUAACUCUUUAAAAAAAAAAUUCUCAUUUACGUUUUAUCACAUUUGAAAACUUUUCUAGAAGUUCAUAUAGCCGACUCCUCACGGCUGUGUUCAAUCAUCACGCGCUACUUUUUGUUUUUUUUUUUUUUCGCACUAUUUUAAGACUUUUUCGAGUAACAACGCCCUUUAAAAAAAAGCUUAUUUAGGCUGCAGCUGCCAACAAGGAAAACCAGGACCUCCAGGGCCACGUGGAACAGCAGGAGAACCAGGUUUGUAGAGAAAUAUCCAUCGGAAAUCGGAAAAUCCUCAGGACAAGAUGGGAUGAUCGGAGUGAAUGGACGGAACGGAAUCGAAGGAAAGUAUGUGACGGCGGCGGAAAGCAACGAGCCUGCCUGUCAGAAAUGUCCUCCAGCUCCUCCAGGGCCACCUGGACAUCCAGGACGGAAAGGUCCACGAGGCAAUUCUGGGUUUGUCUAGAAUCGUCUUAUUUUUAACUAGUUUUUUUAAUGGAGAAAAAUGAAAAACCUUACAAGCGGGAAGCAUGACCAUCCUCUUCCACUUUUAUUCCCUCUGUUACUCAAUUUUUCAGGAUCUGCAAACCUUUCUCUUUUGUUUUUGAGUCUCGUAAUUGUUGAAAGGACUUCCCAUUUCAGAAACGCUGGAACCGCUGGAACUCCAGGAGUUCCUGGGCGAGAUGGACCUCCUGGGCCAACGGGAGUGAGAGGACCUCCAGGAGAAAUCGGCAUGCAAGGACCUAACGGCGACCCUGGAAAGGUGCUGAAUGGCGCUCCCCAAGGUCCUGCUGGAAAGCCAGGUAGAUCCACGUUUACUAUUUCAUUCUGAAAAUUUUUAUAAUUUGUUAUUUGGCAGGAAUAAACUUCACACGCACACACACACUCUCUUUAUCUCGUUAAUAGUUUUUUACUUUUCCGUUUCGAUUUCCGAGUACAUUUUAACAGCCAUUGUGGAUACUGCAGUACUGUUUACGACAGGCCACGUUUUUGAGUGGGAACGCUGCUAACAGGUGGUUGCCUGGUUUUCGAUCCGUUAUUCCGGAUUUAACUAGAGAGCUCAACUUUUUUAUUCCCCUUUCCCGGAAUUUUCUCGAAAAAAACCCUUGAACUCUAGGAAGGAGAGCGAACAAAGGUGGUGAACGAUUUCCAAAACAGGCGCCAGAGUGUGAUUCCUCUAGAAACAGUAGUGUUCGGUGGCCUUGACGCGUCAACCCACUCUCUAGUUGUUUUCUCGCAACAGCUGGCUGUUCUGAGUCACAUCGUUCAAAAACUGCUGGCCUUUCGCUUUACUCACCUGAACAGCACGAUUUUCCUUUUUAUCUUCUCGAGAAAAUCGUAUAUAGUCAAUUUUUCCCGACUUGAAAGGCGAGCGGGUAGAUUGACAAGGGUGAGGCGUUGCGUGUGCGACGCGGCUUUUGGCGGGGAGCUCAAAGUCAAAUUCAAUCAUGGAAAAAUGUAGAAGAAAUAUGUUUUUGUUAUUUUUAUAUUCAUUCGUUCAACUGAAUCUUUUCACCCUAUCAUUCAAAAUUUAUUGAAAAAAUGUCGAAAAAAAGAGAAUGAAGAAAAAAUGUGGCUCGUGUUUGACCUCGAACUCCCCGCCAAAAGCCGCGUCGCACACGCAACACGUCUUCCUUGCCAAUCAGCCCGUCUCGCCUUUCAAGUCGGGAAGGAUUUACUAUAUCAGCUUGCCCUUCUCAAUGGUCAACUUGUACUUUUACGUCAAAAUCAUUUUUCGCCUUCUAAGUUCUCCUCAUAUCACUAAUGAUAUCAGUUGGUUUGUGAUCUGGUUUUUCGUAGGCAGGACGCUGGCAGUUGUUUAUAUUUCUUUUAUGGCCUCAUAAACGUCUUGCCCUGGUGUUUAGUCUUACUGCCAUCCCACUAGUUCUUUUGAAUAUAAAACUAGAUGUUUUGAACAAAGAAUACAAUCAAUUUUGGUGUUUCAGGCAAGGUUGGACCUCGCGGAAAGCUGGGCCACACUGGAAGGUGAGUUCCCAUCAAUUAAGUUAUCUCUUCUUAUGCUUUGGACGAAUUCCCUCCCGACGUUUCUGAUUGCGAGAAUCGGGUCACUUACAGCAUCCAUUUAUCACAUUGAUUUUUAUCAGCCCAGUGCCGAACCAGUUUCGUGACGUCAAUCCAUUUCAGCUUUUCGGUGGAAAAUGAGGCGAAGAUUUCUAGUUUCUCUUUUUUGAAUUCAUCUAUCUUUUUCUCUUUGUAUAUUUCUCUUUCCUUUUUGGAAGUUUCUCAUUUUAUAGUGAGAGGCCGUUAUGAUAAUCUCAUUUUUUUCAGAUAUUCAUCUGAAGCUAGUGAAUUUUCGUGAAAUAGAUCUCCCUAAACCUAUCGGUUUAAUUUUUUUUUUUACAGAGCUUCUCAUUCCUCCUAUUCUGAAAUUUAUUAUAACAUAUUCUUUUCAACACCGUUUCAUAUCCUCAAAAAGGGCCUUUCAGAUGAAAAGUAAUGAAAAAUCGCUAAGAAGCCCUUUUAAGGCAAUUUUGGACUUUGACCCUGAAAGAAACGGUAUUUUCUAGUAGUAACUUACGAUCAAAAAUCUGUUUUUGAUCAUUUCUCUUUUUUUCAACUUUGCGAUAAGAUAAAGUCCUAUUCGGCCGACUCUCUCUUCCAAAAACCAUAAGUGCCCUCCGACAGGAUGCUGUUCAAUUUCCGUUUCUUUCUAUGCUCACUUCGAAUUUUCCCACCCCUAACUUUACUAUCACUUUCCUAACAUGAACUCAAAACCUUUUCAGACAGACAAGCCGAAAAAAGAAAUAAAAGAAAUUUGAAAACGUUUUCACGCAAAUUAAUUUUUAUUUUUUAUUUCAUCUAAUUUUUUUAACGGAGAUCAACCGAUGAAUAGGAAAAACAAAAUACAAUUUUUCAUCAGAAUUCUCCGAUUUUUGAGAAUUUGGAUUUUUUUUUAGCAGAUUCACACCGCGUCAGAAUUCGAGUGAUAAGUACAAUGAACAGAUAGAAUUAGUUUCCAUGCUUUCUCGGAGCAGGAAAAAGCUGCGCAAACAGUGACCGAAGCGUCGGAAGCCUCUCCCCCGAGCAGCGCUAUUUCAUGUCCAGCCGACUCUUUUGUUUCCAAUUCAGCUUCAUUUCUUUCUCUCCAUCAAUUUCUCCAUCCUGUGGUCAAUUUUGCUUUUUCGAUGUUCUUGUGUUCUUACACAGUUCAUCAAACACAUUAUUCCAUAACGAGUAUCCAUUACUAGUAAUAUACUGAAAGCAGAGGAAGAAUUUUCAAUCCAGCGUAUUUAUCAUUAUUCUUUCUAGCUGCUCAAGUUCUUAAUUCAAGUAGAACGACUUAUCACCUCGGAAGCUACUUUUUGCUGUUUUUCAACCCAUAACUAGUUCCCAACGAUAUCAUUAUUGUCUGUUCCCCGUUAUGGACGCCAAUAAAAAACCAAUAAAGGCAAAAAAACGUUGUUUUUUCGUUUCCGUUUGAACUGCCAUUCAAAACAACAAUAGGCGUCUAUCUACAGACCGGUCGUUUUCAUUUUCUUUUUGCGUCUUUUUUCAUUUAGAACGGUGAAAAUGUUUAUGAAAUUCAAUCUUUUUAGAGAAAUAUGCGAAAAGCCGAAAGUUGGCGUUUUUCGGGCUCGUGUAUUGUCUGUUUAUUUGUUCGCUUUUAGAGGGCCGGCUGAGGGCCAACUUUCAGCUCGCCAGCUCCUCAACGCUCCUUAGUGCAUGACCCAUCUUUCGACCAAUCCAAAUGAAUAUUCUAAUUUCUCCUUCAUCAUUAGUCAUUUUGAGUUUAUCGUCUUUGAACUAACGUAUAUCGCCUCUUCUCUAUCCUUCUGUCAAUUAUUUCUCUGACCUUUUUCAAACUGAUCAGCUUGGUCGGGUAGAUUCCUCUUUUGCCGAGCACUUCUUUUUCUCGAAAAACUUUUCGUUUACUCGAGCUAUUCGGUUCCUAUUUCAGAGACGGUCGACCUGGCAUUGAAGGAGUAGCUGGACCUCGCGGCAGCCAAGGAGAACGCGGCAGUCGCGGCGCCAGAGGACCUCCUGGGCCUCCUGGACCAGACGGACCUCUCGGACGCAAAGGUUUCAAGUCUUGGAAAGGCACAAAACUUAUAAAAACCAGAAAGUUUGGAUCACUUCUUUUUGAAUUCAUUAUCUUUUAAAGUUCAAGUCGAAGUAGGUUUUUAGAAGAGCGUAGCUCAUUUAGAUGGAAUUUUCCCUGACACCUAAUUUUAAAAAACUUGAACACUAUAAUGGAGUUAGAAUUUCCUUUUUUAAGGUUCCUGCUCCCAUUGUCCAGUUGGUCGCGAAGCACCUAGUCAGGAGCCCAACGUGGGAUACCCAGCAGACGAAGACAACGGCGAGAAAGGCUACGACAACUCACAAGAGUACAAAUCUCGCUCAGAGUCAAGCACCAGCCCAUACCAACCAUCUCCCCCGUCUCCGACAGCCGAAGAAGGCUACGACGCUAGGUCCGAGCAGCGUCCCAGUACCACUCCGUCUGCCCCUGCACAUCACCAGUCUCAAGUUGCCAGUGCGCAGCAGCACUCGGAACAGCCGACCGACGAAGAGGAACCUCGUGUGGAUCCCAACUACUUGGAAGCGGAGACUCCAAAGACAAUCAACUAUCCGGAUACAGUAGCUCAGCCAUCGCACAAACACUCUGGCGAUGUCUACAACGGCGCUGAAGAAUCAGAGAGUUGGGCACCAGCAAAAUAUCCUCGACGACAAUUUUCGAGUGCGACUGUCGAGCAGCAGCCGGGCGAGCACUCCUCUGAGCAGCUCGGCCAGCCUCUUCGUUCGCUCCCGUCGUCCUUCGUUGGCACAUCCGCUCAGCGACCACGGGCUCGCGCGUUUCAAACCAAACAGGUUAGUUAUGGGUCUGUGACAAGAAAGUUGCAAAAAGCGAAACAAAUGCCAAAAAGAAAGCAAGAUGCAAAAAUUAUGGCACCGUUGACAAAAUCGCCAUCUACGUGUUCGCUCCCCCGUUAAAGCCCCCCUUUAUUUUUCUAUUAUUUAGUUCGAGCUGUUUUCGCGUGUUUUUAUACAUGAUUUUAGUGAUUUGAAAUUUAGUUUAUUUAAUGAAUGAAAAAAAUUUUAAUUUCGAAUUUUGUUUUAUUUAAAAUGAGUAAUGGAGCGCAACGAGCGCCUGACUAUUCUGACAACGCGUGGCAAAGUUUUCGUGGCUCGUUUAGCUGAACUGAUAUUUCAUAGCCAAUGCUUUCGCCUUCUUGUUUCUCGCUGAUUUUUUCGAUAUGCAGCCAAAGUUUUCCGGUUCUCCAGUCAAUGAAGAUAUAAUUACUGUCCAGGGAUACAACGUUCAAAUCAUGGGCGGUGGCUACGGAGCGAACCCAGUCGGCAGAGAAUGGAACGCUCUUCCGACGGCGAGAGCCAGAGCGGCGCCUAUCUUUCUCUCGCCUCCAUCCUCAGGAUCCGGUUCGUAUGCACGUCGACGGCGCGACGCCUUCUGAUAGAGACACGGCCGCCGGCGCCAAGGACGUCAUACUCUGGAGCUCCGCCUUGGUUAACUUUCUCUACGUACUUUACUUCAUUUCUUGUAAAGUGGUAGGCGAGGAUGACUAA